ACUCGCGUGUCAGCGCCGCUGGCGCUUAGGGCCGCGAUCUGUCUCCUCCCCUUCCUCCUUCUCCGCCCCCUCCCCCUUCCCUCCCCUGAGCACUGCCGAGGCCGCCUCCCACCCGCGGGAUCCCGGCGGCCGGCAGCAGGCUCACGCGUCCGUCGGUCGGCGAGGUAGUCUGUAAGCGUGCGGAAAGCCCAGCGCCCCGGCGCGCGGCCUGGGAGGCAAAGGGCACGGAGGGGGGACAGCGGCUCCCUCCCACUCCGGGGGGAGCCCAGGAGGCGGCGGUGCUGAAGCGUGAACCGGAGAACGAGGCAGAGCAGAGGAGAGGCGGUCGCGAGCACGAGUGGGGUGGGGCGUGCCCACGGGCCCCCGCCCCCCUCUUCCCCCAGCCCAGCUCCGGAGCCGCAGCCCCGGCCGGAGGGCAGGGAGUACGCGCCGCAUCCCUCCCCCGUGCGUUCUUCAGCCACCCAGGCCUUCCAGGACGCCGUGGAUCGGGGACAACGGGGACAGGGACGCCCCCUUCAGCGGGAGCCGUCGGGGGGGGCGGACCUGAGACAAGGCAAGCAGCCCCACUGGAGCCAGGCGCAGGGUCUGGGACGCAGUGGGGAGCGCAGAGGGCCGGGGCCGGGCCGCCUGGUGACAGGCCCUGCUCGGCCAGGAAGAACGGGAGACCAGCAGUAAAGAGCCCGGACCUAGAGUAGAGGCGGCUGCUUCACUCCCUUAUCGGAGCCCAGGGGACCAAGGAAUCUAGAGCACCGUUUCCCAUCGUAAGAAAGACACUCGCUCUCCGGAGCAGCACCUUUACCUGAGACGGCUCUGCGGGAAGGGGUCUUGGCGCCCGGAACACCAGCCCACACGCCUUUAACUGAGGCCUCUGGGCCUCAGAGAGGGCCGGCAGUUAGAAAGGAGGCCGGAGAGUCCUUGCUGCCGCCCUGGGGAGAGAGGAAGUUCCCCACCUGCUCCCAGGCCCAGGAGGAGCUGAGCCAGUAACAGUAGGGUCCUGGCCCCUGAGGCAGCAGCGGCCAUGUCACGACCAGGCCAGGGUGUGAUGAUGCCCGUGAACGGGCUGGGCUUCCCACCGCAGAAUGUAGCCCGGGUGGUGGUGUGGGAGUGGCUGAAUGAGCACAGCCGCUGGCGGCCCUACACAGCCACCGUGUGCCACCACAUCGAGAACGUGCUCAAGGAGGAUGCCCGUGGUUCUGUGGUCCUGGGGCAAGUGGAUGCCCAGCUGGUGCCCUACAUCAUCGACCUGCAGUCCAUGCACCAGUUUCGCCAGGACACAGGCACCAUGCGGCCGGUGCGGCGCAACUUCUACGACCCGUCGUCGGCGCCGGGCAAGGGCAUCGUGUGGGAGUGGGAGAACGACGGCGGCGCGUGGACGGCCUACGACAUGGACAUCUGCAUCACCAUCCAGAACGCCUACGAGAAGCAGCACCCGUGGCUCGACCUCUCGUCGCUCGGCUUCUGCUACCUCAUCUACUUCAACAGCAUGUCGCAGAUGAACCGCCAGACGCGCCGGCGCCGCCGCCUGCGCCGCCGCCUGGACCUCGCCUACCCGCUCACCGUCGGCUCCAUCCCCAAGUCGCAGUCGUGGCCCGUGGGCGCCAGCUCGGGCCAGCCCUGCUCGUGCCAGCAGUGCCUGCUGGUCAACAGCACGCGCGCCGCUUCCAACGCCAUCUUGGCUUCGCAGCGCCGCAAGGCGCCCCCCGCGCCCCCGCCGCCCCAGCCGCCGCCCGGAGGACCAGCGGGCACGCUCACCGUGCGCCCCAGCGCCACCUUCGCAGGCGCCGCGCUCUGGGCCGCGCCCGCCGCCGGCCCCGCCGAGCCCGCGCAGCCCCUCAGCGCGUCCCCGCGGAGCCCGAGCGUCCCCAGCGGCGCGCCCACCCCGGGGCAGAACAACCUCAACCGGCCCGGGCCCCAGCGCGCCACCAGCGUGAGCGCACGCGCCUCCAUCCCGCCGGGCCUCUUCUCUUCUCCCCUCAGGGUCCCUGCGCUCCCGGUGAAGAACUUGAAUGGUACGGGGCCAGUCCACCCGGCCCUGGCAGGGAUGACCGGGAUCCUGCUCUGCGCUGCGGGGCUGCCCGUGUGCCUGACGCGGGCCCCCAAGCCCAUCCUGCACCCACCGCCCGUGAGCAAGAGCGACGUGAAGCCCGUGCCAGGCGUGCCCGGGGUGUGCCGCAAGACCAAGAAGAAGCACCUCAAGAAGAGUAAGAACCCUGAGGAUGUGGUCCGAAGGUACAUGCAGAAGGUGAAGAACCCACCUGAUGAGGACUGUACCAUCUGCAUGGAGCGGCUGGUCACAGCCUCCGGCUACGAGGGCGUGCUUCGGCACAAGGGCGUGCGACCUGAGCUCGUGGGCCGCCUGGGCCGCUGUGGCCACAUGUACCACCUGCUGUGCCUCGUGGCCAUGUACUCCAAUGGCAACAAGGAUGGCAGCCUGCAGUGCCCCACCUGCAAGGCCAUCUAUGGGGAGAAGACGGGCACUCAGCCACCCGGGAAGAUGGAGUUUCACCUCAUCCCCCACUCGCUGCCUGGCUUCGCUGACACCCAGACCAUCCGCAUCGUCUACGACAUCCCCACAGGCAUCCAGGGCCCCGAGCACCCCAACCCAGGCAAGAAGUUCACUGCAAGAGGCUUCCCACGCCACUGCUAUCUGCCCAACAACGAGAAGGGCCGGAAGGUGCUGAGGCUGCUCAUCACCGCCUGGGAGCGGAGACUUAUCUUCACCAUCGGCACAUCCAACACCACGGGCGAGUCGGACACCGUGGUGUGGAACGAGAUCCACCACAAGACCGAGUUUGGAUCCAACCUCACGGGCCACGGCUACCCAGACGCUAGCUACCUAGACAACGUGCUGGCAGAGCUCACAGCCCAGGGUGUGUCCGAGGCUGUGGCCAAGGCCUGAGGCCCAAGGCUGUCCACCUUCCCUCCUGCUUUGCCCCUGGUCCAGCACAUGCAGCACAUGCCUCCCUCUGCCAGGUGUGUCCUGGCGGCCCAGGUUCAGGGCUGGGGAGGAGCCUGCAGGAGGAACCAGAAGCGUUCCCGGGAUUUGGCUUGUAGCAGUUGGGAUGAUGGGAGGACGGCGGGCCAGCCGGCUUCGACCCUAGCUACCUGAGAGGGUCGCAAGGGUGUACCGGAAACCACAGCAACCUCCCUUCCAAAAAGACAGAGAGCCCCACCCCCUCACGCAAACACACGUGUCCUGUUGAACACAUGCACGCACACCCACGUGCCUCUACUUACCCCCAGACUGGGGGGGAAGAGACAGAAAGACCCCUGUGAUGAUACUCCAUGUGGAUUCCCAUCUGUGUCUCUAUCACAUCUGUACAGGCUUGUCUGCAAACAAAAGGACUCGGGUCAAGCACUUGGGGGCUUGGUGAGGGUCCGGGAGAAAAGGGGGCACUUGGGAGCCUCAGCCUCCCCCCAUCUCUGCCACCCGCUGAUGGGCAGCUGUGGGCCCACAGGGUGGAAGCUCCCAGAAUAUUCAGCAGUUUUGCAAAGGGGCGGGCCAGGGAGACAGACGAGGAGAAUCUUAUUUUGUGCUUGUGUCUCUUCAUCCUUCUGCGACCCUGACCUCCUUCUUCUCCCCUGCCAUCCCCAGGCCUUAUGUCUGUCCCUGAUAAAGGCACUGUUUUCCUUUCCUCCCCACCCCAUUCUCUCCACCAAAUCGCUCCCAAUGUCAAGAUCCAAAGGCUGGAGCAUCUGGCUUCAGGAGUGAGACAAGGAGGGCCUGGCUUAGGCCAGCAGGUUUAAAAAGCAGACCGGACAGCAAAGAGUCCAUUUCCCUUUCCUUGGAAGUGGGCAGCGGGGCGGCUGAUGGUCUCGGCCAACCAGGGGCCUGUUGCCCAGGCAACUCACCAGCUCUGCCUCUGUUGAUUGGCUGCCACGGCGGAAGUCAGCCAAGAUUUAAAGGGACGCCAGUGACUGCUCUUUUGAAAAUCUACCAGUCCCACUGUGGGCGGAGAAAUAAAUGGUCUUUCUCCUCCUCCGCUGGGUCUUUU